AUGAACCGGUAUCGCACCCUUCCGGGCCUUGGGCCGCAGAAGGCUAUCGCCAGUACCGUGUGCCAAAAAUGCUUGAAGAAAGAUAUUUAUGAGUGCAAAUCAAGCGUGCAAGAACGGCCGUACACAUCCAGGCCAUCAAGGACCCAGCAACUCUUGAACCCCAAACUUGCGCCAAAACUAGCGAGCGACACCCCAAACAAUCUAUUGAACAGGGCGUGGCUGACCAACAAUUGGCUGAGGCUGAGGCCAGACGGACAAAACUUGUUGCGGAACCAGAAGAUCGGGGUCGAUCGCCAAUUCCAGACUCCUCAGAUUCCGUCUCAACCAUAUCGACAAACAAGUCGCGGUCUCGAUCACGGUCUCGCUCACGGUACCGCGACGAUAACUUCUUCACCAGUGGUCGUGCAAGUCGAAACCGCUCGAGAACACCGCCUACUGACAUCCUGCGGAAACGAAAACACCGGUCCAUUUCCAGUUCAUACUCUAGGUCGCCGAGAUCUCCAAGGCGAGAGCCUGGCUCGCACCGCAAAAGCCGGCGUCAUCGCACCAUCAGUCCCAUUGACCGAGGUCGACCCAGCUCCAUGCGCCGGGGCAGCCACCGCAGCCGGACUAGCAGUCCAAGCAUGGACAAGAGCCAGAUUACCAAGCAGAGAAGGUCCCUUGAGACAGAAGACCACGUCCGCGAUGGUCUUCGUGGACGUAGGCAAGACCACGACGACAAUGAUCGCCACGCAUUGCCUCAGAGAGACUUAA